GCUGUCGUUCUAUACUAUCUAUAGGUAAACGUCAAAACAAUAUUUUCCCAAUUUUGUUUUACCAUUUUUCAAGAGAAAAUAAACUUAUAAAGUUUCAUAUUAGCUGGAAAAUUGAGUUUAUAAGUGCAACCGUGUGAAAAUAAACGUGAUUAAAAUUGUAUGUGAAAACUAGUUCAUUCCUCCUUGUUAUUUUUGGUAAACUAUUUUGGUCCGCUCUAGUUUCGGUGAUUCGGUGCAUUGGCUACUUAUUAUAUUUUGACGUCCAGAAAAGAAUGUCUUCCUGCAAGAUUUUGACCCUAAUAGUUCGGCAAGUGUGAUGGUGAUGAGUUCGUGCGCGGGAAUGGGAGAUGCGGUCCUUCGAGAGCGUCUGCCGGCUCUGUGGCGCCGCAUCGAGGACGCGCAUUAUAGCUUUCUCGAGAUCGACGACAGCCCCGAGAAACUGCAGCAGAAGAAGAAACUUGAGGGAUAUAUCCUUGAGUACCUCACACUGGUCCCUCAUGAGUGCAAGUUUGGGCUGGCAGAGACGGGCAAAGUGUUUCAGCGAACGAUCAACGAGCUGUCGGAGUACAGCGCGUACCGGGCGGGUAUUGGCUGGGCAGCCAUCGCGAGGUACGCGGGCAACCUCCUCGCCCAGCCGUGGCGGAAGGAAUAUCGCGUUAUACGGUUAUACUCCGGCUUCUACAAGCACGAAGUGGAAGCGAACAUGGUGGGCGCCGAGACAAUGCUGCAGGCCAUGGGGUAUCGAGCCAUCGGGUCGGGGCGCCUGUCGCUGGAGGGGCCCGUCUGCCCCGACAUGGCUGCUGCCAUAUCGCGAGACGCGCUCAUAGCUCACUGCGAGUGUCAGAUUAUGGCGCAAAUCUGGGAGGCUGUGUGGGGCAACGGAGUUCGGGUGACUUGGGCCGAUAUUGCCAGAGAGCGCGCUACCUACGUCGAAUCCGUUGCUGUAGCGGCGGCUAGACUGUCUGGAUACACCGAGGAUGCGGAAAUUUACUCUAACGUACCUGCGACAACGUCGGACCCACAGCGAAGGCUCAUAGAAACACAAUUUCCAGUAAAUUCACAAUGCAAUUGCACAGACCAGACCUUGGAAGAUCCUGUUCAACCCGUCAUAAACCCUUACAUGAUGAACGUGAUCUCACCACACAUGAUGUACCCGAUGCCACACAUAAACCCAGACAUACCCGUGACAGUACCACAAUGCCAGACAGUUCCAAUGAUGACACCAUAUGGAACAGUACCUUACUACUACCCCGUUCAAGCACCAUACAUGAUACCGACACCUGUCUAUGCUCCAAUCAAACAUGCAACAAAUAUACCAGUAAACGGAUAUCCACCAAUGCCUCAAUACAAUAGAUACCCGACAGUACCAACUGGGCAAUUAAUAGAACUAGAUGCACCAUCAGUCUACGAAAACGGCAAAUUCGAAAGGCAUCCAGAAGAAAGGCCCCAUAGAAGGAGUAAACUUGAAAUUUCAAAGCGACCAAAGUCCAGCUUUAGUGAUGUUUCCCUACCAAGUUUACCCCGAUCGGAUACCCAGCCAGCAUUAAGUAAGGCGAAAGAAGAUGGUAUGGGGACGUACGAAAGUUGGGACUACGUUUUCAGAAAUCUUUCGAGUAAAGACCAUGACGGUGAUAGUAGAAGUGGAUUCUCACAGUCGUUAGACAGAGAUUCAAGGACAUUAGACAGGUUAGAUAGGGAAGAAAGGAGGUCAAAAUAUCAACCUACUACACUCGAUCUAGAAGAUGGCCUCCAAGCAUUAAAUCUCGAUCGAACUUACGACGAAGAUAUGUACAGAACGGCAAAAGUUAACGAAAACUUGAUGAGGCUAAAAUUGGAACAGGAGUCAAAAAGAGCGAGACAGCUAGCGAAAAAGCAAAUAGAAGAAAAGAGAGCGAAGAAAACAAUUGAACCCAUCGGCAACCCCAAAGCAGAUGGUCUAGUCACUACGAAAGUCGCGCCCGACAAAGUGAAGCUUUUGACGAAAAAAGAAAUUAAAGACAGGAAAGAUGUUAUCAAGCAGCAAAAUUCUGUGAAUGGUUCCGUAUCAAGUACAGUGGAAGUGAAAAAGGUGAAGAAACCUUCGAGGCUGAUCGCGGUCGAAGUGGAGAAGGCGAAGAGUAAACCAGUGGAGAAUGGAGUUCACAAGGCACCUCACAGCUCAAAAAGUACUGCAGCCGCGAGUGUACAACAACCAAACUACGAUUUGAAAGCUCAACUAGUCGUCUCCCUCGACGAAGCCGACUGCACCCGAACGCUCCCGAAGUUAAACGGCGAACGCGAACAAACAUCGAGCCGAGCGAGCACCGACAGACAAGAGAACGAAAUCGAUACGAAAAAAGACAAAUGGCAGUGCGGUACGUGCACGUAUUUAAAUAAAAACUCUCUAAUCGCCUGCGAAAUGUGUGGUAAAUCGAAAAAAGGGCCUGAAAUAGAACCCUUAACAUCCGGGGGUCGAGAGUGCCCCGCUUGUACGUUGGUCAACAAAAGGGACGCUAGAGCUUGUGAUGCUUGCGGAACCAGUUUGGAACAUUGCCCGACGUACAUAUAAACAGUCAUAAUUCCUAAGUUAGAUAAGGAUGGAUAUAUUUUAGUUUGUCAUGGGUCUUAGCAUAUUUGAUGCUCUCAUAUUGUGCAAAAUCUCUAAACUGAAUCGAAAGGUCUAAAAUCUAAAUCAUAGUGCUAUCCUUUUCCUUUAUGAAAGGGAUAGCAAUACAUUUUGACCUGUCAUUUUAGUUCAGUUUAGAGACAGAAUUAGCUACAAUGUUUAAUAAUGAUUUUAUUCGUUCGCUCAAUUUGUUUUUUACGAGUAUUUUUGUUUGAAAUUAAGAGUGAGAUGGUAUGCUUCCAGACUUGCGGUGGCUUGAGAUUAUAUUUCUGUAUGUGACGUCGUUGUGUGUUGCCAAAUGGCUAUGUGUUAAAAAAGCAUUUUAGAGUUUAAAUUGUUGUGAGUGAUAUUCAUAUUUAUGAAUAAAGACUUUUUAUGGCUCGACCAUUUUGUCGACGAUGUUCGCGAAUUAGCAACUUAACGGGCGAACUAAUAAGUGGGAAUAUGUCUGACAUGCUUAUGUGUGGACAUGUUAUAAAAUUCUGGACGAGUGGGAAUGAGUAGGUAUAGACAGAGUGAGUGAAAUAGAGUGGGGGAAUUUUCGGUUUCCUAAAAUGACGAAAAAUGAAUUUUAAAUUAAUUUUAGUGCUAAUACGGGCUAGCGAUUGGCACCUAAAGUCACGAGGUUUGACAGUUCUAAUUUUAAUUAACUUUCUCUGUCCUUUGCUUAUUGUAUUGGUAAGAAAAAGAUGCGAAUACUCUAAAUUUUAGUUGCGGUCAGAAUCAGUACCUACCAAUGUGAUGUUAAAUCUCUCAUCUAAGCACUCAGAUCCCACAAAAGGAUGCUUCAGUGUCGGAGUAUACUACGGUAUUUACAUAGUUUACCUUAAAAAGCCUUUAUUGCAAAGUCUUAAUAUAUAAUAGUCAUCAUUCGGAUCCAUCAGGAUCCUUAGUCCUUGUGUCCAUUCUUGUAUGUCCUGGAUGGGUUUGAAACUAUUUGGACAGGCACUAACCAAAAUGAGGUUCGAGUAUACCUGUCUUUAUUCAUAACUAUAAAAUGCAAAUGGCGAUAUCUGUAGGCCUAUCAUAACAUAAUCUUUGUCGCAUAGAAGUAUCUCGUUUAUUUUGUACGUGGACAGGCAAUAAAAUAUAUGCUUCAAAAUGGAAUGUACAUAAUAUAUAAAUAUUAAUAAAUUGUGAUUUAUUUGCAAAUGCCAAGAAAAUAACUAAGUUCUUGGAAAUAAGCACUGAUCUCUAUUUAUACAAGUACGCUGGAUUUGCGAUUGCCGACUUAUUUUUGAAGCAACCUGAUUUUUGCCAUUCUGGCGCUAUAAUAGCAACAUGUGAACUUCACUGUGAAUGAGACAUCUGCCAUCAGAUAACACGAUAACACGUCUUUUUUAAUUUCUGGUACGCUCGAUGGGGCGGGCGCUUCGAAUCAGCGCAAAAAAUAAUUCAUUUCAUUCUGUAUGAUACAUCUCUUCCAGCGUACUUGUAUGUAUUUAAUUUCGUGAAAAUCGGUCAUAAUAAAAAAUAAUGUCUAAUCUAAAAUUUGGCUAUAAUAUAUCAUUCACAUAAAAGUUAGGACAUUCCCACAAAAUAUCUAUCUAUAAAUUAUUUUGUUUUCUUUUAAAUAAUAAUAUAAAUGAUACAUUGUUAAAGAUUUCGUAGUAUAUGCCUAAUGUUAAUAACAAAAUGUUUACGUUAAAAUCUACUAAUCUAAACUAAAUUAAAGGAUGAUUUUUGAAUUUGAAAGGCUCUAUUCUUUUCUUACUUCAAGAAAAGGAAAGAGAUGCGAUUAAACUUAUUUUAUCUUGAUUUUCCCCAAACCUGUGCCACUAUUAAUUGUUGUAUUAAAUUGUUAACAAUAAUUAUUUAUUAUCACCUUUGCAUUUGCUCAUUUUAUUAUUAAUUUUUAUUUUAACAACUCUGUGUGCCAGAUAAACAGGUUGAAUCUUUUAUUGUAUUAUUGUUCUAGUAUUCUAAUUUAUUGUUAUUCGUAACUCGCUUUAACAGGGUAAGAUUGUAGAAUACAAAAAGAAUUUAAUAUCAUGGUUUUGUUUCAAAUUAUCGAUUUGUACCCAAGGUCCGAUUCUAAAUUGUAUUGGAUGAUCGCUUUUUGUAUAAAAUACGAAAGUCAUUUAUAAUUGAAUUUACAAAAUGAUAUCCAAUUUAGAAUCGCAUUCCUUAUAAUAUUGUUGUUGUUAUUUGGUUGUACAAAAAUCUUAUGCCGAGUUCUGUAAUGAAUUAAACGUUUGUUAAAAUAAGACAGAUUUAUCCUAUGAUGAUAUAUUUGAAAAAGAAAUACAUGUGUUACAUACGUACCUAUCUAAAGUGAAGAUUUAAAACAAGGAUACUUGGUUUAUAUUUGUAGAGCGCUAUCUCUUCUAUUCUGAUUCGUUUUUAUCUUUGUCUUACCUAUCACGGAGCACAAAUUAUUUAAUAUGCUGUCAAAUACGAAUGUAAUAGUUCUAUGGUAUGAUGUGUCAUUGGGUUUAUCUUUCUGAAAUAGCUCUGUCUCAUUUUAAAUAGAAGUAAAAUCGAAGUAUUCUCUUUAGAUCUCACCUGACUAUAUAGAGCGCACUUUGACUUGAGACACUGUUAAAACGAGACAGCGUUAUAUCGCUGGAAUAAAUCUGUCUCGUUUUAACUGAAACUUGAAUAAGAGCAAAGUCAAAGUACACUCUAUAGAUUGCAAGCUUAGAGUUGUUGCAAUGCAACUGUCAAAUAAGUGUUUGUCAGCUCGGAUUGUUGACAGUAGGAAUGAGACCUUAAUUUUUCUGUGCAACCAAAGUAUUAACCCCUUCUCAGAAUUACCUAGCUAUAAUAUAAUUUAUUUAGUAGCUACGUCUAUGACCGGCUGAAGAACCAUUUUCGAUGUAGAAUUCACCUCGAAACAACAUUAUCAUGACGGUGUUCGGUUAAUCGCCUUCAAAAAAUGCUUUAAUGUUAGUCAGUAUAAUAUUAUAUUUAAUUAAUUUUUCGUUUGUAUUAAAUAAUUAUACAUAAUAUAAAUUAUAUCGGUAUGUGUAUAUAGCUGUUAGAAGUUGUAAAUAAAUUAGACCUUUAACAUAGUAUUUACUAUUUAUACAGACAUGUAGUAAUACCGCUAUAAAUAUAAUAAUAUAUAUAGAAACGAUGUAUAAUUAGAUUAUUCCGUUUAUUCACCCUAAAAUAGCAACUCUAGGGUGUAUAUUCCGAAACGUAUAUCCAUCUAUCCACCCUGGACUGCGAUUUGUAUAUUAUUUUUUAGUCUGGGGUGGAUAAAUGGCACUUUUCCGAGUAUACACCCUAGGGUGGCUGUUUUUAGGGUGGAUAAAAGAAAUAAACCUUAUAAUUAAACAAACUAAAUAACUAA